AUGAAGAAGGUAAAUGGAGAAAUAAUGAUAGAAAAUGACAAUGAAAUACACAAUAAUGCUGUGCCUCCAGCAAAAAAAAUCAAAUCAAAAACUACUGUCGAAGAAAUAUAUCAGAAAAAAUCCCAGCUGGAACACAUUUUAUUAAGGCCAGAUACUUACAUAGGAUCUGUCGAACCUGUAAAAGAAAAUAUGUGGAUAUAUGAUAAUGAAACAGAAAAAAUGAUACAAAAAGAUAUUACAUAUGUACCUGGGUUGUAUAAAAUAUUCGAUGAAAUUUUGGUAAAUGCAGCUGAUAAUAAACAAAGAGAUAAAAAAAUGGAUUGCAUUAAAAUAGACAUAGAUGCUGAAAACAAUACAGUUUCUGUAUGGAAUAAUGGACAAGGGAUUCCAGUAGUUGAACACAAAGAAGAAAAAAUGUUUGUUCCGACAAUGAUUUUCGGUUAUUUAUUAACUUCGUCUAAUUAUAACGAUGAAGAAGAAAAAGUUACAGGUGGAAGAAAUGGUUAUGGUGCUAAACUGUGUAACAUUUUCAGUACGAAAUUUACACUUGAAACAGCUUCAAUUGAAUACAAAAGAAAAUUUAAACAAACUUGGGCUAAUAAUAUGACAAAAACUACUGAUCCUAAAAUAUCAGAUUUUUUCGGUGAAGAUUUUACUAAAGUAACUUUUUCUCCUGAUUUAGCCAAAUUUAAAAUGACUCAUUUAGAUAAAGACAUUGUUGAUUUAAUGUCGAGGAGGGCUUAUGACGUCGCUGCUUCUACAAGAGGAGUUAAGGUUAUAUUAAACGGCAAACGACUUCCGAUAAAAUCUUUUAAAGAUUACGUGGAAUUGUAUACGAAGGGAAAAGAAGAUGAUGCGGGAAAUCCAGUUAAAAUCAUUUAUGAAAAUGUUAAUGAAAGGUGGGAGGUGGCUGUCACAAUGUCUGAUAAUGAUUUUCAACAAGUUUCAUUUGUUAAUAGUAUUGCAACAACUAAGGGAGGAAGACACGUUGAUCACGUUACAGAUAUACUCGUGAAAAAACUGCUAGAAGUGUGUAAUAAAAAAAAUAAAGCUGGAAUGCAGUUAAAAGCGCAUCAAAUAAAAAAUCAUUUAUGGAUAUUCAUAAAUUGUUUGAUAGUCAAUCCUACUUUUGAUUCACAAACAAAAACUCACAUGACGUUACAAAUGAAAAAUUUCGGGUCGAAAUGUACUUUAAGUGAUAAAUUUAUAACAAACGUUACAAAAUGUGGAGUAAUAGAAGCAGUUUUAUCAUGGGCUAAAUUUAAAGCCGAAGCUCAAAUGGAUAGAAAAUGCAGCGGAAAAAAAAUGACAAAAUUAAAAGGAAUAGCUAAAUUAGAAGAUGCAAAUGACGCGGGUACAAAAAACUCGGUGAAUUGUACGUUAAUUUUAACGGAAGGAGAUUCGGCUAAAUCGUUAGCCGUUUCCGGUUUAGGAGUCGUGGGUAGAGAUAAAUACGGAGUUUUUCCACUUCGUGGUAAAUUGCUCAACGUACGGGAAGCGACGCAUAAACAAAUAUUAGAAAAUGCCGAAAUAAAUAAUUUAAUUAAAAUAUUGGGAUUGCAAUAUAAAAAAAAAUACGAGAGUUCAGACGAUUUGAAAACAUUACGCUACGGAAAAUUAAUGAUAAUGACAGAUCAGGAUCAGGACGGGUCUCACAUAAAGGGUUUGAUAAUCAAUUUUAUACAUCAUAAUUGGCCUUCCCUCUUACGAUUGCCAUUUUUAGAAGAAUUUAUAACGCCGAUCGUUAAAGCGACAAAAGGAAAAGAAGAAUUAUCAUUUUAUUCUCUGCCAGAAUUUGAAGAUUGGAAAAAAGCAACGGAAAAUGCACAUUUGUACAGGACAAAAUACUACAAAGGUUUGGGUACGUCGACUUCUAAAGAAGCGAAAGAAUAUUUUCAGGACAUGAAACGUCAUCGAAUACUUUUCAACUACGACGGCCCUUCAGAUGAUUAUUGCAUAAACAUGGCCUUUAGUAAAAAAUGUGCUGAUCAAAGAAAGGAAUGGUUGACUUCGUGGAUGGAAGAUUGCAAGCGCCGCAGAGAAACUGGAUUGGGAGAAGCAUUUUUGUAUCAGAAAAAUACAAUUGCCGUCAGUUAUUCCGAUUUCAUAAAUAAGGAAUUGGUUUUAUUCAGUAAUUUGGACAACGAAAGAUCAAUUCCUAGCAUGGUUGACGGUCUUAAACCCGGACAAAGAAAAGUUUUAUUCACGUGUUUGAAAAGAAAUGAUAAAAAAGAAAUAAAAGUCGCACAAUUGGCUGGAUCCGUUGCCGAACAUUCGGCGUAUCACCACGGUGAAGCUUCUCUAAUGGGAACUAUUAUAAAUUUGGCUCAAAAUUAUGUGGGUAGCAACAAUCUUAAUUUACUUUUACCCAUUGGACAGUUUGGUACUCGUCUUCAAGGGGGCAAAGAUGCAGCUAGCCCUCGUUAUAUAUUCACCCUUCUUAAUCCUCUCACGAGACUAAUAUUUCACGUCCACGAUGAUCCUCUUUUGAAAUACAACAAAGACGAUAAUCAAAAAAUAGAGCCGGAAUGGUACAUUCCAAUUAUUCCGAUGGUACUCGUCAACGGUGCUGAUGGAAUCGGUACCGGAUGGAUGACGAAAAUACCGAAUCACAAUCCGAGAGAAAUCGUGCAAAAUAUAAAAAGAAUGCUUGACGGUGACGAACCACUUCCCAUGAAACCGUGGUACAAGGGAUUUAAAGGUGACAUUGAAUCCUACGGUGAUUCAAGGUAUCUCGUAAGCGGAGAAAUAUCAAUAAUUUCGAACAAUCAAUUGGAAAUAACCGAAUUGCCCGUAGGAACAUGGACUCAAGCAUAUAAGGAAAACGUUUUGGAACCUUUGUUGCACGGAGUUGAGAAUAAAGUUCCACCAUUGAUACAGGAUUACAAAGAGUACAACACCGAUACGACCGUUAGAUUCGUUAUACAAAUGGAACCGAGUAAAUUGCAAAAAUUCGAAGAAGAGGGAUUGCAUAAAGUAUUUAAAUUACAAUCGACAAUUAGUAUAAAUUCAAUGUGCACUUUCGAUUCGAACGGAGUUUUAAAAAGGAGCGAAGAUGUCACGGUUAUCCUUAAAGAAUUCUACGAUUUGAGAAUGUUAUUUUACGUCAAAAGGAAAUCGUACCUGGAAGGAAUGUUACAAUCGGAAGCAGAUAAAUUAAGUAAUCAAGCUAGGUUUAUAAUUGAGAAAUGCGAUGGAAAAUUAGUGAUCGAAAAUAAAAAGAAAAAAGUUAUGAUUGACGAAUUGGUUAAAUUGAAAUACGAAUCCGAUCCUGUCAAAACGUGGAAAACGAAUAUUGAUAAGGAAGCAGCAUUGACUUAUGGAGAAAUAUGGGAAGAUGAGGGUAGCGGAAGCGAAGAAGAAGGUACCGUCAGAUCCGGUCCCGAUUACGAUUAUUUGCUCGGAAUGCCUCUAUGGAGUUUGACUCUGGAAAGGAAAAACGAAUUGCUUAAAAAAAGGGAUGAUAAAAUCAAAGAAUUGAAAUCGUUGCAAGCGAAAAGUCCGUCUCUAUUGUGGCGAGAAGAUUUGGAUGCGUUUUUAGAAAAGGUUUUUAUUCCCCCUCCUCCUCCUCCUCCUCCUCCUCCCCCCCCUUCGUUUCCUUCUUCUCGAAUUUCAGGGGAUUUCGAGAGAAAAAAAAAAAUUUUUAUUUUAUUUAAUAUUUCAGUUGGAUGA